AUGUCCUUUGCGGAGGUGGCUGUGCUCUUCGUGGAGGAGGAAUGGGCUCUCCUGGAUCCGGCCCAGAGAGCUCUCUACUGGGAAGUGAUGCAGGAAAUUUACGAGACUGUGGCUUCUCUGGGGCUUUGGGUCCCGGGGCCAUUCCUCGACUCUCAGCUGCAUCGAAGGGAAAGGCUGUUCCUCCAGAGCUCUGAGGAGGCAAGAAGGUGUGGAGUGGCCCUCUUGUCAGGUAUAGAAAUAUCUCGAAUGGUCAAAGAUGGCCACAUCUCUGACCUGGAGGAAGUGGAAGAGGCGUGUGUCCAGGACCCCAAGAAUAUAGAGCUACCAGCAGAUGAUGGGACUUUGAGGGAAGAGGAAGGCCUUGCCUCGGAAGGAGUGCCGGACACGUUACCUGGAGGUUCUCGAGAGAACGUGUCCUUCCCAGCUGAGCUAGAAGGAUCUCUGAAUCCCAAAGGCAACCUUAUCGCUUGGCUGGAGAAGGAGGAAGAAGUGUUUAUCCAUGAGUACAAGGAAACUGUGCUACCAGCAGGAAAUGAGUGGGAGUCAGAAAGAGACUCGGAACCAGGAGAGGUGUCUGUGGCAAGAGUUGGAGAUCUGGAGGCAGAAGAAGAAUCUGGGAAAAGAGAUAUGAGAAAGAGACAGCUGAGAAGGAAAACUGAAGCCCAGUGGGAGCGGACAAAAGAAUUGGUUGCUGCUCAGUGUAGGAACUCACAUGAGAUCUCAGGCCAUGAUAAAACACAGAAAGAAAAGAGAAGGAAUAAAUGCUGUGUGAAUGGGAAAGGGUUCAUCUACAAAUUUAGGAUUAUGAAAGAACAAAACAUUCAAACAGGAGAGAAUCCAUACAAAUGCUUAGAAUGUGGAAAGAGGUUCUCUCAAAAUUCCCACCUUACUGUGCAUGGGAGGAUUCAUACAGAGGAGAAGCCAUUUAAAUGCUUGCAGUGUGGGAAGAGCUUCUCUCGGAAUGACAGUCUUACUUUACAUCAGAGGAUUCACACAGGGGAGAAGCCAUUUAAAUGCUUGCAGUGUGGGAAGAGUUUCUCUGAGAAUGGCAGCCUUAUUGUGCAUCAGAGGAUUCACACAGGAGAGAAGCCAUAUAAAUGCUUGGAGUGUGGGAAGAGUUUCUCUGAGAAUGGCAGCCUUAUUGUGCAUCAGAGGAUUCACACAGGAGAGAAGCCAUAUAAAUGCUUGGAGUGUGGGAAGAGUUUCUCUGAGAAUGGCAGCCUUAUUGUGCAUCAGAGGAUUCACACAGGAGAGAAGCCAUAUAAAUGUUUGUUGUGUGGAAAGAGUUUCUCUAAGAAUGGCAGCCUUACUGUGCAUCAGAGGAUUCACACAGGAGAGAAGCCAUAUAAAUGUUUGGUGUGUGGAAAGAGUUUCUCUAAGAAUGGCAGCCUUACUGUGCAUCAGAGGAUUCACACAGGAGAGAAGCCAUAUAAAUGUUUGUUGUGUGGGAAGAGCUUCUCUGAGAAUGGCAGCCUUACUGUGCAUCAGAGGAUUCACACAGGAGAGAAGCCAUAUAAAUGCUGGGAGUGUGGGAAGAGCUUCUCUCGGAAUGACAGUCUUACUUUACAUCAGAGGAUUCACACAGGGGAGAAGCCAUUUAAAUGCUUGGAGUGUGGGAAGAGUUUCUCUGAGAAUGGCAGCCUUAUUUUGCAUCAGAGGAUUCACACAGGAGAGAAGCCAUAUAAAUGUUUGGUGUGUGGAAAGAGUUUCUCUAAGAAUGGCAGCCUUACUGUGCAUCAGAGAAUUCACACAGGGGAGAAGCCAUUUCAAUGCUUAGAGUGUGGGAAGAGUUUCUCUGAGAAUGGAAGCCUUAUUGUGCAUCAGAGGAUUCACACAGGAGAGAAGCCAUAUAAAUGUUUGGUGUGUGGAAAGAGUUUCUCUAAGAAUGGCAGCCUUACUGUGCAUCAGAGGAUUCACACAGGAGAGAAGCCAUAUAAAUGUUUGGUGUGUGGAAAGAGUUUCUCUAAGAAUGGCAGCCUUACUGUGCAUCAGAGGAUUCACACAGGAGAGAAGCCAUAUAAAUGUUUGUUGUGUGGGAAGAGCUUCUCUGAGAAUGGCAGCCUUACUAGGCAUCAGAGGAUUCACACAGGAGAGGAGCCAUAUAAAUGCUUGGAAUGUGGGAAGAGCUUCUCUCGGAAUGACAGCCUUACUGUACAUCAGAGGGUUCACACAGGGGAGAAGCGAUAUAAAUGUAUGGAGUGUGGCAAGAACUUCAGUCGAAGCAAGCUUGCUAUACAUCAAAACAUUCACUCAUAG